GCGUGGACUGUCCAAUCAGGUGGGCCGAGGGAGGAGGGCUCUGUUUCCCAGGGCGGAAGUCCAGAUCCCGAACCCGUUGCUAGGAGGAUUUCUGUCUGAUUAAACUGUCUUCUUUUGGAUUUGUACUGGCUACAGUCUGUAGGAGAAGGACCGUGAAGAGACCCUCAAGCCACACAAUGGAGGCAGUGAACUUUGAGGAUGUGGCUGUGAACUUCACUAUGGAGGAGUGGGCAUUGCUGGAUCCUUCCCAAAAGAAGCUUUAUAGAGAUGUGAUGUGGGAAAACUUUAGGAACAUGGUUGCUAUAGAGAAAAACUGGGAUGAACAGCAAAUUGAACAUGAAUACAAAGAGUACAAGAGAAAUAUAAGGAAAGAAGUUAUAAAAUACUUGCAGUAUAAAUUAUGGUAUCCACAUGAAGAAAUGAGAUUUUGCAUUCCAUAUGUUAAUAUGAACAUGAAACCAUUCAGUACAAAAUCAAGUGAACAGUAUGCUUACAGAAAGUCCUUAAUUGGUAACUUGUUGCCAGAAGUUCCCAUCAUACCUAACACAAGUAUCAAACCACAGGAGUAUCAAGAAUUUGAAGAUGGGAAAACCUGCACUGACUUCCACUGCUUUCACAAGCAUGCAAACAAAAAUCCUGGAGAGAAACCCUAUGAAUGCCAGGAAAGUUUUAAAUGCCACUCUGAUUAUCCUGAAGGAGGCAACACUGAAAAAAAGUCAUUUGUCUUUGAGCAAAAUGUGGAACCUUUCAAUACAGCCAACAGUGUUCAAACAGGGGAAAGAAACCUCAGUGUAGUGAAUAAUUAUGUAUAUAUACAAUAUGCAAAACAUUUCCAGUCUCAGCAUGAUAUUCAGAUACAUGAAAGGGCUAACACAAUAGAAAAUCACUAUGUGAGUAAACAGUGUGGAACAGUAUUCAGUAAUAACACUUCACUUGGGAAAUGCAAAAAAAUUCACAGUGUGAAGAAACGGUAUGUAUGUAAGCAAUGUAUGAAAUCCUUUACUACACACAGUGAUUAUAAAAGACAUGAAAGAACUCACUCUGGGGAGAAGCCCUAUGUUUGUAACCAGUGUGGGAAAGCUUUUGCAAGACAGAGUCAUUGUAAAAGUCAUGAAAGAACUCAUACUGGAGAGAAACCAUAUGUAUGUAAGCAUUGUGGGAAAACUUUUAGCAGACACAGUAAUUGUAAAAGUCAUGAAAGAACUCACAGUGGGGAGAAACCCUAUGUAUGUAACCAAUGUGGGAAAGCCUUUAGCACACACAGGUAUUAUCAAAUACAUGAAAGAAUUCAUACUGGAGAGAAACCAUAUUUUUGUUUCCAAUGUGGAAAAGCAUUUAAAUGCCAAAAGGAAUGUAAACUACAUGAAAGAAACCACACUGGAGAGGUACGGUAUGUAUGUGACCAAUGUGGAAAAGCAUUUAAAUCCCGAAGUGGAUGUAGAAUGCAUCGAAGAACUCAUACUGCAGAGAAACCCUAUGUAUGUAACCAGUGUGGGAAGGCCUAUGCCACAAACAGUCAGUGGAAAAGACAUGAAAGAACUCACUCAGGGGAUAAACCCUAUGUAUGUAAACAAUGUGGGAAAGCAUUUAUUUCCCUUUUUCAAUGUAAAAUACAUCAAAGAACUCACACUGGAGAGAAACCAUAUGUAUGUGACCAAUGUGGAAAAGCAUUUAAAUCCCCAAGUGGAUGUAGAAUACAUCAAAGAACUCACACUGGAGAAAAACUCUAUGUAUGUAACCAGUGUGGCAAAGCCUACACCACACACGAUCAUUAUAAAAGACAUGAAAGAACUCAUUCUGGGGAGAAGCCUUAUGUAUGUAACCAAUGUGGAAAAACCUAUACCACGAACAGUCAAUGUAAAAGACAUGAAAGAACUCACACUGGAGAGAAACCCUAUGUAUGUAAUCAAUGUGGGAAAGCCUUCACCAGAAAAACUUACUGUAAAACACAUGAAAGAAGCCAUUUUAAGGAGAAAGCUUAUGUAUGUACAAUGUGGGAAAGCCUUCACCAGACACAGUCAUUGUAAAAGGCAUAAAAGGACUCACAGUAGGUAGAAAUCCUGUAUAUAUAAACAGAAUGGGAAAUUUUUCAAUAGAAACAUUGUCAAAAACAUGAAAGACCUAAGUUUCAGGAGAAUCCAUAUUUAUGUAAGCAGUGUGGGAAAGCUCUGCUGUCAGUCAUUUCCAAAGACCAAGUUCUCUGAGUUUAUAUAAUUAAAUGGUAUGAAAAUGCAUUAAUUACACACACAUAUAGUGGGUUGUGAAAUAAGCAAUGGACAAAAGCCUCAGUAACCUAGUAAUCAUCACAGAUUUAAAAAUGUAAUGGAAUUUAUUGUGCAUAUAUAGAUAAGAUAACUUAAACAGUUAAAGACAGUUGACAGUCUUUUCAAGAAACUGAAGGAAUCUUUCAAUACAUAGAUACAUCACUACAUAGAUUAAGGCAUAAGUAAUGAUGAGAAUCUGAAUAUCUGUGCACAGUGUGGGAAAGAUUUUUAUGUUUCUCAGUGAAUUUGAAAAAAUUCUCAUGUGGGCAAAGUCAUAUCUAUGUCAUUAGUGUGGCAAAUCUUUGAAUUUUUUUCACUUCAACAUAAAUAAAAAAUUCAUAAUAAAGGGAAACCUUGUGAGGGUAAUUUUAGAACCAUUUUGUAAUUCCUGUAACUUCAGAAAACAUGCAUCCACACAAAAAGAUAAUAUAGAUGAUUUGAGUUGUCCUCAUUUUGACCUUUCAUGUGUAUAUGACAAUUCAUAGUGGAAAAAUAAAUAUCAGUGUUUUGGGGGUAUCUGUAGUCAUCUUGCUUUUUUUAUUUUUCAGCUGAACACAAUUCUGUGAAAAACCAUUAAAAUGAUAUACAAAAACCUUUGUCAUACAUAGAAUAUUGCAUAUUGAGUUAAAUUCCUAUGAAUAUACUGUUAUAACUCAGAGUUUGAAAAUCCUUUGAACAUUUCUCAUGUAAUGCAAAUAUGUACAAGGAAAUAUUGUAAAUAUUGGGUAUCUUAUUUUCCUUGAAAUGCAGGAACAGGAGAUAUCUUCAGUUGUAAACACAGUAUACUGUUAAAAUUUCUGGAGUAUAAGUCUCAUUUUGAGAAUACACAUUUUACUAACAAAUGUGGGGCAACAUGACUCCACAACUGAACUUUAGUUAAUUUUUCUGAUUUUGUUCUAGAUUCUAUUUAAAUGGCUUGUUCACAUAGUCCAUUUUUCUAAAAAAUACUUGUAUAUUGAAAUGCUUAAUGAUUAUAUGUUCAGUUGUUUUUAACCACCUGUAGAUUAACAUAUCUUUUCUAUGUUUGAAGAUAUCUAUGUAUUACCCAAUAUAAUUACAGAUAAUACAUAGUACAAGAUUGUGUAUUAUAUGUGUCAUUAUAUUCAUAUGUAUACAAUUUUCUGCAUUGGUUACCACAUAAAAUUUUCUUGUCUUAGGCAUAUUGCCGUAUAAUUUAGUGGUAAUAUUUCUGUCAGUCAUCCCACUAAACAAAAUGCACUUCUAUAAGUCUCCAUGGCAGAGUCCAGAAGGAGCAUGUGUUUUUGUCAGAUAGUAUGUAAUUUAUUGUUAGUCUCCUCACAUACUAUAAAUAAUGAAAUAGUUUAUCAUUAAAAACACUCAUUUUUUUUCACUA